AAUGAGUACCCGUAAUCACUCCCACCCCGCAUCUCACUCUCUCUCGUCCCCCAAAUCCCCAACCGCCAUUAUGAUGGAUCGGACCCUCUCUUCCCGCCGCUCUCAGCCCUACUCCGACUUCGAUUUCCCCUCCUCUUCCUCCGCCGCCGUAGCCUCCUCCUCUUCCGCCUUAUCUCCCAUCCCCAGAUCCCCCACCUUUCUCUCUGACGACGAGUCCAAAACCAAGAAGCCUCACCUCUAUCUUUUGGCCACUAAUUACAUUUCCCGCUUCGGACUUGUCAAAUCUCCGUGCCUCUGCCUCUCUCUCUGCCUAAUUUUCAUCGUUUUCGGGCUCUUCUCUUUGAUGCUGAACUCUCGCUCCUUCGUUUGCGUUUCGACUUAUGACCCGAUCUCUCGGGUCAGUCUAUUUGGUCUCGAUGGUGUUGACUCCGAUUUCGGAUCCCUUGGCGUUCCUUGGUGCAGAUCGAAACAUGGAAAAACAGUUGAAUGGACAUCCAAAGAUUUAAUCAAUGGCUUGGAGGAGUUUGUACCAAUAUAUGAAAUUCGACCAAUAAAAAACAACAUGUAUGGGAUGGGUUUUGACCACAGCUUUGGGCUUUGGUUCAUUGCCCGGUGGCUAAAACCAGAUAUAAUGAUUGAGAGUGGUGCGUUCAAGGGACAUUCCACUUGGGUUCUGCGGCAAGCAAUGCCCGACACACCAAUUAUCUCGAUCACACCCCGGCAUCCCGAGAAGUACUUGAAAAAGGGGCCUGCUUAUGUUGAUGAAAAUUGCACAUACUUUGCUGGAAAAGAUUUUGUGGAUUUUGGAAGUGUUAAUUGGGAGAAGGUGCUAAAGGCUCGUGGAAUUUCUGAUUUCAGCCGGGUUCUUGUCUUCUUUGAUGACCAUCAAAAUGAACUGAAAAGGCUAAAGCAGGCAUUGAAAGCUGGCUUUCGUCAUCUUGUUUUUGAAGACAAUUAUGAUACCGGGACAGGAGAUCAUUACUCAUUGAGGCAGAUUUGUGACCAGUUCUACAUAAGAGGAGGUGGCCAUAGCUGCUUUAGGGACAGCGAUGAAGCCAGAAUUCGAUCGAAAAGAAAGAAAUUCUGGGAGAAGGCUGUGGAUACAGAUGAACUUUGUGGGCCACAUGAGGCAUGGUGGGGUGUUAGAGGAGAGAUGCGGGAUAAUUUUAACCACAAUAAGACCAUAAUCUCUUAUGGCGAACAUUUUCAAAACAGCAGGUUCGUUGAAUCGAUUCUUGAUGUUUAUUGGGAGCUGCCACCGACGGCUGGUCCAUCUCUCACCCACCAAACUCGCUAUGAUCCUGGCCGCGCACCUCCUCCUAUUGUUGAAGAUGGUCGAUAUCGCUUGUUUCAACGGCUUGGUUUAGAUAGGCUGGAGAGAUCUGUAUUUAACGGAUAUACACAGAUGGUAUAUCUGCAAAUUUCUGAACCUGAAUCUUGAAAGUCUCCAGGAUCAGAUCUGAUUUAACUUCAGUAGAUGAAAACAGGUGCCAAUAUUUUCUUUUCUUCUUAGCAAGUUAUGAUGA